CAUAAAGAUACCAGCCAACCCCCUGACCGAUCGGCGUGCAGCUCCCCUGUCACUUGUCUUUUAGCUUACUCGAUUGCUUUGAUUUAUUAUUUCUUCUAGUCUACCGUCCUAGCGACCCUCUCCCUCUUCCCAGCGUUGUGAGUUACAAGUCUAUGCCCCAGCGGAGGGCUGCCGGUCAGCCACAAUGAGCACCUCGAUCCUCAACAUCCAGCGCGACAUUAUCCUGAAUACCAUCCGUUAUGCGGCGGGGAAUGAGUGGAAGGUCUUGGUCGUGGAUGAGACCAGUCGGAAGUUGAUUGACAAUGCGGUCAGUGAGGAUGACAUCCUCAACCUCAACGUGACCAAUAUUGAACAGAUCGAACACCGACGCCCAACAAAUGCCUCCAUGGAUGCGCUGUACAUCCUAUCCCCCCUCCCGCAUAUAGUCGACUGUUUGAUGGCCGACUUUGAGCGAAAGAGAUACAAGAAAGCAUGGCUGGUUUGGACGUCCUUCCUCGAUCCGCAACAGCGAGCUAGACUGGACCGGUCACAGAUGGCGCACGAGAAUAUCGCUAAUGUCCAAAUUAUGAACGCCGAUUAUUUCCCCCGUGAAUCCCGCGUCGUGACAUUCCGGGACCCGUGGAGCUUCCCAGUUCUGUUCCACCCUGGCUGUAACCAUCUGAUUCGCGCACACCUGGAGGGCCUGGCGCAGAAGAUCGUGUCCCUCUGCGCUAGUUUAGGAGAGUAUCCGAUCAUCCGGUACUAUCGGCCCAGAACCCCGACCCACGAGGCGAGCGUGCUGUGCUCUCACCUGGCCCGCUUCAUUCAAAGCGAACUGGAUCAAUUCGCACAAUUUCAGCGAGACUUUCCGCCUCCAUCCCCUCGACCUCGCGGGGUACUCCUCGUCUUGGACCGUUCGGUGGACGUCGUCGCGCCUCUUCUCCAUGAAUUUACAUACCAGUCCAUGGUGCAUGACCUGCUUUACAUCAACGAUGGGGAUAAGGUCACCUAUAAGACCGUCGUCAACGAGGGCGCUGUCAACGAGGAAAUCAAGGAUAUGGAGAUCAAUGAGCAGGACAACGUAUGGGUUGAGUACAGACAUAUGCACAUGAAGGACGUACUGGGGAAGCUGGGUGAAGAUUUCGCCAAGUUCCGAGCAGCGAAUCCUCAAUUUGCGGAAGAUAACGACAAGGCGAACGUCAACACGAUCAAAGACAUGCUGGCUGGUCUAACCGAAUUCCAGCAAGGCCGCGACGCAUACACGCUUCAUCUGAACAUGGCACAAGAGUGUAUGAAGUAUUUCCAAGACCACAAGCUCCUCGAGGUCAGCUCGGUUGAGCAAAGCCUGGCCACCGGCAUGGAUGAGAACUACAAGAAGGCCAAGCAUUUGGGCUCCCAAAUUGUGCAACUUCUGGACGACGAAGCGACUCGACAGCCCGAAAGACUGAGGCUUCUCUUACUCUAUAUCAUCUACCGGGGCGGACUGCUAGCCGGGGACAUCCGCAAGCUGAUGGCACAUGCGCAACUUCCACCGCAGGACGGGGAAGUUAUCUCUAACCUGGACCUUCUUGGUGUGCGCGUAGAGAAGCCCUUGAAGGAUGAUAAGCCACCUGUUCAGCCGCUGUUCGUCCGCAAGCCUCCACAAUCAGUAGACAUGGAGGAAGAAAGUCUCACUCGAUAUGAUUUGAACCUCAAGUUGAUCUUGGAGGAAUUGGUACGAGGUACCCUUGAUGCCGGUGUUUUCCCGCCCACACGGCCACACACUGAAGGCGAGGGUCCGGGUCAGCAAGACGCAAUGUCGCAGGCGUCUCUGCGGAGUGCCAAACCCACGUGGGCACGAACCCGCACAACCGGCGAGCAGCCUCGACAGCGCAUCAUUGUCUUCAUGGCGGGUGGCGCGACAUAUGGCGAGGCCCGUACAUGCUAUGAAAUCUCGCAAGCGCACGCCAAAGACGUUUACCUGGCCACUUCACACAUGCUCUCGCCGGGCUUGUUUUUGCGACAGAUCAGCGAUCUAAGCGUCGACAAGCGACGGCUGGAUAUUCCGGCCGAGCGGCCGAGACCCACGGCUCCUGCUCAUCUUUUCGAGAAAGAAGCCCCCCCUACACCUCCACCGCAGGCGAAGAAGCCCGUCGUCGCUGCGCCCCCUUCGGCCGCCAUGGCCUCGAUGUCCUUGGGACCCAAAGGUGGAGCGCCGAGCGCUCCGGCCCCGGCCCCGACGAGCUCCAAGCCCCAUAAAGAACACAAGGAGAAGGAGAAGAAGAAACGCCACCACUUUUUCCGAUAGUGCACUUCAUUCCCCAGUCGCUGGCCUGAAUCGCUCAGUCCCUGAUUUAUGCUCACUCUGAUUUCAUCUCCGCGCGGCGGUGAUACCAG